AUGACGACCAUUGAGGCGCACCCUGUCGUUGAUGCUGACGAUAAUAACUCAGAUGCAGACUCUUCUCUUGGGACAGAUAAUGCUUCGUCAACUGAUAGCUUGAGAAGCUCCAUUCUCGAUUAUCGUCAAGAAAACGGCAGAACAUAUCACGCCUUCAGGGACGGGAAAUACAACUUGCCGAACGAUGCCGAAGAGAACGAACGGCUAGAUCUGCAACAUAACAUGAUGCUUUUCACGCUCAAUAACAAGCUUGGAUUAGCACCCCCGCACCAAGCCGACUCGAAGGUCAAGCGUGUUCUAGAUGUGGGCACCGGUACGGGCAUCUGGGCCAUUGACUUCGGCGACGAACAUCCUGAUGCAACCGUGAUUGGUGUUGAUCUUUCACCAAUUCAGCCGAGCUUUGUGCCGCCCAAUGUGCGGUUUGAAAUCGAUGAUAUUGAUGAAGAGUGGACCUAUAGUGAGCCAUUCGACUUCAUCCAUAGCAGAUUUAUGAACUUCAGUAUUCAGAACUGGAAGAACUAUCUCACCAAGAUUUACGAGAAUGUUACUCCGGGUGGCUAUGUUGAACUGCAGGAUGUAGAUGUUAUUAUGGGUAGUGAUGAUGGAACCCUGAAAGAAGACAGCACCAUGUAUAAAUGGUGUAGGCUCCUCGACGAAGCUGCUGGAAAGUUCAAUCGCUCAUUCGAGAGGACUACUCGUUUCAAGGACCUCCUGAAAGAAGUCGGUUUCGUUGAUAUCGUUGAGACACGCUACAAAUGGCCCACCAACCACUGGCCCAAGGACAAGAAGUACAAAGAACUCGGUCAGUGGAACAACGCCAAUGCCAGCUCUGCGCUCGAAGCACUGACCAUGGCUCCUUUUACAAGAGGUCAUGGCUGGAGUCGAGAGGAAGUAGAACUGUUUCUAGUCGACUUGAGGAAGGACUGGAAUAACCCCAAGAUCCAUGCUUACUGGCCUAUUUGUGUGGUUUAUGCGAAGAAACCAGAAGCUUAA